CGCCCCGGCCGCGGGGCUCGGGGGGCGGGGGCCGCGGGCCCCUGGGCGUGCCCCGGCACGUCGGCAGCGGGCGGCCGUGGGGCCCCGCUCCCCGGCCCCGCGGCCCUCGCGGCGCCAUGGGGCCGCUGCUGUGGCUGCUGCUGGUGCCGCUGGGCGCGGGCUCCGCCGCGUACGAGGUGUACGUGGAUGCCCGGCGAACCGAGCGGCCCCUGCAGCACUUUUGGAGGAGCACUGGCUUCUGCCCUCCUUUACCUCACAGACGUGCUGACCUGUAUGACCUGAGCAAAGACCAAGAGCUGAACCUUGCCUACAUUUCUUCUGUUCCACAUGGCGGCAUUGAACAAGUUCGGAUUCACUGGUUGCUGGAAUUAGUUGCUCUUAGAAUUGUGAAUGGCAAAGUUAACUACAAUUUUACUGCCUUGGAUAACUAUAUGGAUCGCUUGUGGGAAAAUAAGCUGAUUCCAGGAUUUGAAUUGAUGGGGAAUCCAUCAGGAUAUUUUUUAGACUUUGAAGAUAAAGAGCGUGUAGUACAGUGGAGAAACUUAAUUACUGUUCUGGCCAGGAGAUACAUAGAUAGGUACGGAUUGGAGCAUGUUGCUAAAUGGAAUUUUGAGACAUGGAAUGAACCAGACCACCACGACUUUGACAAUGUGUCUAUGACAGUAAAAGGGUUUCUCAACUAUUAUGAUGCUUGUUCAGAAGGAUUAAGAGCAGCCAGUCCUUUCCUAAAAUUUGGAGGCCCUGGGGAUUCCUUCCAUCCCUUACCCAAGUCACCCAUGUGCUGGAGUCUUCUGUGUCAUUGCUACAAUGGGACCAACUUCUUCACAGGGGAGACUGGUGUAAGGCUGGAUUACAUCUCUCUCCAUAAGAAGGGAGGUGGGAAUUCUCUCUACAUCUUGCAACAAGAAGUAGAAGUAGUUCAGCAAAUUCAGAAGCUGUUUCCCAGUUUUUCUUCUGUUGCCAUAUAUAACGAUGAAGCAGAUCCAAUGGUUGGAUGGUCCACUCCACAACUCUGGAGAGCUGAUGUGACCUAUGCAGCGAUGGUUGUAAAGGUAAUCAUCCAACACCAAAACCUGCUCAUUUCCAAAGCUAACAAUACCAUCAACUACUCGCUGCUGAGUAAUGACAAUGCCUUCUUGAGCUACCACCCCCAUUACUUCACCCAGCGGACUCUGACAGCUCGUUUUCAGAUGAACAAUACAAGGCCACCUCAUGUCCAGAUGGUGCGGAAACCAGUGCUGACUGCCAUGGGCUUGCUGGCCCUGCUAGGAGAAAAGCAGAUUUUUUCAGAGGUGAAGAUCAGUGGAGAUGAAAGCGCUCAAAACAGCACGGUUGGUGUGCUGGCAGCUGUGCACACCCCAAGUGAAACACAGCCCUCAGACAGCUGGCAAGCUACAGUACUGAUGUAUUCAAGUGAAGAUAACAGGACUUCAUCCAACAUCAGCACUGUCACAGUGAAUACCACCCACUUCCCCAAACUUAGAGAGCUGGUGUAUGUGACAUACUACAUGGAUAACAACCAAACCAAUCCCUAUCUGAAGUGGAGAAACCUAGGAAGCCCUGACUUUCCUUCUCCAGAACAGUUCCAGCAAAUAAGGGAUGCUGAGGACCCACUGGUGACAGGCCCAUUCCCAUUUCCUGAAGCUGGCAUCCUGACACUGAAGCAAGACUUUCCCAUUCCCUCAGUCUUUCUUAUCCACAUCUGUGCAAGACCCAGAUCAGCUCCUGAUCAAGUGACUGGUGUUCGUUUGAUCCCUCUCACAAAGGGGCAGGUUGUUGUGCUGUGGGAUGACGACUGUGUAAAGUCAAAGUGUAUAAAGACAUUUGAAGUGGAAUUCUCAUCGGAUGGAAAAGCAUACCAGCGGAUUAAUGCCAAAGACACAAUAUUCACUCUCUGGGUCUACAGUCCAGGAAGCUCAGUCUCCGGCUUUUACCGCGUGCGUGCCGUUGACUACUGGGGCAAGGCAGGCCUGUCCUCUCUUCCCGUGGGGUACGUUGAAGCUUUCAAGUGACGCUGAAGAGUGGUGCCUGGCUUGGUGUCAGAGUGGUGUAUGUUCCUUGCAAAUGACAACUCCCCAGAAAAUAAACUCCUCCCAGGCUGAGGAGGGCAUAUGGAAACGACCUGAUGAAGUUAGGAAUGCAAGUUAGAAGCAACUGCCCCUGUUAACUCUUCACAGCACAAAAGAGAGCAUUAUCAAACAACCACAACUGCCAACCCAUCUGGUAAAAGGCUGCCGUAGGACAGGGAUUCAGCCUGGUAACUGGAAUUAUGGGAAUAAAUAUUUAUUAUUCCCCUUUUUUCACUGAGCUAAUGGCCAGGGCAAGCUAAGAUUUAUAGAGGUCACAAACUGUAGCAGGAGCAGAACCAUUGCUUCACUGUGUGAGUGAGGAUGGUAACAAAGGCCCACGGAGGAUCUGUCUAAGAGUGAGCUGGCUGACUUAGCUUGCCAGGCUGUCUUGACUUAAUAGUUUGAUGGAAAAGUGUACAGCAACCAGACACAUUCAGAGCAUGAGGUAAAGGAUCCCAUAUUCCCUGCUAGUUAGUCAGAGUGGGUUAUUUCAGAGCACUUGCCAAGUCUUUAGGUGUAUGAGGUUUUUCACUCUCACAGAGGGGUUUCCAUCCAGCUUUCUCAGUAUUUGUCACCAUUACAUGGAUGCCAAAGCUCUUUCCCAUAGGUAGAGGAAGGGGUAUCAGCUCAUUCUCAGAGUGGAGAGGGCACAUAAAGCACUAGCCUCCAGACUUCCCUGCCUUUUGUCUUUUUUGUUUUUGCCCAAGUCACCUGUUUGCACUUUGGCCGUCAGCUGCUGCCUCUUUGUGGUGGAGACACUAACCCUAUAAGUCCCUCUUUCUCUCCAUUGCUGUCACCUAGCCUGGUGUCCUUCAGCCCUUACAGCUAACACCUCCCCUCACAGACUGAGUAGCUCUACAUGGCCAGGAGAAAGCUGAAACACUAAUUAGAACCUUUUAUAUUCUCAUAUGAUGGGACAGCACACCCUUGAAUGUAGCAGGGCUGCUACUUACGACACUUGGGAUAUUAGCAAAAAACAGUUAGAGCUCCUGUGCUUUGCAAAGCUUGUGCAGAAGCGUGUGAUAGCCCUAGAUCAUAGGCUACAGAUCACCACUGGUUGUGCUUGCCGCUGCCAAACACUUUAUGUAAACAGCAAAGUUCCCUGAAAUUGCAGGGGUGCUGCUUUGUUUUUCUCUUUUCACAACUGGCACAGUUUGAGCUCUGCCUUUAACAGGUUUGCAGAGAGAAGGAUAAUGCCAGUGAAAACAGCCAGAGUAUUUUCCAUAAGAGGAGUGACUUUGUCACACAAACAAAUCCCCUACUGCUCUCUUUGCUGACAUCAGCCACCUCACCAACAUAACAACAAAAGCUGCGUAUUUGAUGAAACAUUCGGGUCUCUGAAAAAAGAAGUGCCCAAGUUUGCACAGUAGGAGAGAGCUGAACUACCUCAAAUACCCUCAACUUUUACAGCACAGAAAAGAAACAUAUGCAAGAAGUCAGUGCAUGUGACAUGUGGCCUUGUAUAUUGCUGGUUACUUGUUCAUGUGCUUGUACUGCAAAUUAGCCUUAAAAGAUUUAUUCUGUCACAGAAUUCAGAUUAAAUCUUUCUUGCCUCAUUUAUGUUUUAAUAAGAGGCACUUGUCACAUCUUAGUCCUCCAAUUCCUUGUCCAUACAUGCAAAAGAAAAAAGGGCCAUAGGUCCUACUGAAUUGGAAAUCCUCUAAAUUUAAGAAAAGUUGCUAAGACAUUCUUUUUGGAUGGAGAUAGUAAAAAUACAUUUUAAACUUGUGAUAAUUUCCCUUGAGUGAAGAACCAGUGUACACAGUUAAGUAAAAUCUGGCAGUUAACUCAUGUUGUUUUGCUAGUACGAGGUAGAACCACAAUUAAAACAAUUUAGAGAAAUACUAAGUAUAGGGUCGUGAGAGAUUUUAGUGUGUCUGAAGCAGCGGAAAAUGUAGGAACUUGAGAGGACAGUAUGUUUAGUGUGUUAGGAUGUCCUACCUGAGUAGCCCUUUUGCUUUAAAAUUUUCCCACCCUCGCAAUCAGAAUAUAGCAGUCUUUAUCAAACCAAGGAUUAUGUACUAGUUACAGGUGUAUUAAAAAAAAAAAAAAAAAGGAAAAAACAACAAAAAAAGAAAAAUAAGAAGAAACAUAGCUGUAGUGAAUAGUAUUGAUUUUUUUUAUGCAGGGAUGAAAAUUUAUAUGUGCAAACCAUGAAAAAUAGAAGAUUUCUUCUGAAAAUCUUCUUUGCUGCUAUGAUACAAACUCAUUCCUUUAAGAAAUGAGCAUGUAUUAACAAUUACAGAGAGAAGAGAAGUUGGUAUUUCCAGGUAUGAGUUUAUUUCUGACAAAUUAUAAAAGUUUUGAAAUGGCGUUUUCUUUUUUUAUCAUUUAAUGUCUAUAGAGAAACGCUGUUUAGUACUUGAAACUUGAGAUUUCUGUAACCAUCUGUUGCUGACUCUGAUAGUGUUUCCUAAAUUGCAUGUUUAACUAGUCUCCUCUGUUACAUGUAGUGAUCAGCCCCCCAUUACAGUUUGAGUUUUCAGAAGUGCCAAGUAUCCAUAGCACCAGGUGUGAAUAGCAGGUGCUUAGUAGUUCUGUAGUGUCAUAACCAAAGCAAGGCUGUGGAGCACUCAUGUAUGUUUUUUGCUGUUCAUUAAUCCAAGUAGGAAUAUGUAACUGCAACUGCAAGGGGAUUAUUUGCCUGCGCUUCAAAUGAAAGCUUGUGAGGCUGUAUAACCAUUUUGCAACUGAAAGAACCUUUCAGCUGAGUAUUUUACAUUGUCUAAUUGUGUAUAUGCUACAUUUGUUGCCAUCUUUUGUGAAAGCAAAUAAAACCAGUUUUUAAUCUUUCACAUGAA